GACAGAGACAACGUCGAGAACUGCGAGAGACAGGGAGUGUGCCACAGAAGAGAGCCAGAGAACCAGAGAGACGGCAGAGGAGAGCUGCAAGAGCCACAGGAGUCCCUGAGAGAGCAGAGACGUGGAGAACAGAGACCGGGAUCCAAGAGGAAUCUUCAGGACUAAAUGUAUUAGUAGAACAAGCAGGCUGUACUGGAGAGUUGAUUCAGGACUAAACGAGUGCAGUUUAAAAGGGAAGUAGCCUGACCACUUUUAAUGAUUAGUACAUUGCCUAAUAGGGUUUAUGACCCGCUUGCUGUUUAGGGACCCUAGUGCACUUUUAUAUUUUCUCUGCUAGAGUGAUACCUGUGUUUUUAAAAGGAGAUAAACCCAAUAUGUGGUAUUUGCCUGUAACUUGUAAUUUAUGGUUCUUGCACCUGUUCUAUUGAUAUAAAUAUCUAUGAUAGAGAGUGGUAUUUUGGGGUGUUGCUUUUUAAAUUACUUGUGGCUAUAGGUUGUGCUCUUAAAUAUAUGGAUUGGUAUAGUUAACUAUAAAGAAAUAUAUUUUAAUCUCUGUUGGGGUGUUCUGUAUACUGCAUAAUUGUGAGUCACUCAGUGCUGUUGCUUUUUUUCCUCUGUCUCCAGGGGGGGUGCCUGCCAUAUCCAGGGAGGAGCUUGGCACCAGUGUGGGGGGGGUCACUAGCUGCACCUUUUUCCUGGAGCGGUUGAUGAGGAUCCAGUGGUGUCUAUUGUGACUUUGGCCGAAAUUCAUUUCUUUUGUAUACUUUUGCACCCUAGCAAAGUAGUGGGUGCUUUUAUUAUUUUCUUUUGAUACUUUGUGCACUAGUAAAUUGGUGUGUGCCUUGUGUUUUUUUAUUUUUAUUUUUGGUAACCCCUGGUAUUAUCGAAAUUGUAUUAUCAUAUUUUAAUGAUUUUAUAAGGAUAAUAAACAUUGUUUAUUGCGAAAUGGUACAACUGUCUGCCUUUCUUGUCAUGGUCGAUCUGUUCUGAGUUCCAACUGGUCAUAAUUACGAACCUGUGUUUUAGUGUUGCUAGGGUCCUAGUGCCCCAUAUAUUUAGUCACUAGGUGGCGUAGUUGGCUACUGUUUGAAUUUUAACCCCAAAAGAGUGUCCCGUGACAGCUGUACAAUCUGUACUCGGCUAAUGAAACGGACCGACAACACCACUCGGUCUUUCAAAACUACUGCUAUACAAAAAGCACCUUUCACAAUUACCUCCCCCCUUUCUAAUUGCUGACCUGCCUUUUAAGACCCCCUGGAUUCCCGCGGAUAUGUCACCUGACUACUGACCUCCGGAAUCAUGGGAGUUGAAGUUUCUAAGACAGCAGAGAGGGGGUUAAAUCCUCCCAAAACAUGUGCAUAAGCACAUUUUGGGUUAGUUUUUGUUAAUUGUUUAAUUGUUUUUGUUAAUUGUUUUAUUGUUAAUUAUCACCUGCACCUGGCUAUGAUUGUAAAUUAGAGCCAGGUGCAGGGUUUAUAAGGAGAGCAGUCAGUCUGCUUCUGGCUGCUGAAGAGUGUAGAAGCCCGACUGUACUGGUGUGUGAGUACAGCCGUAAUAAAAAAAGGAAAAGGUAGUGUAGAGCCUUUUGGUGUGUGUUGUUUUGUGCAACAGGUAAACCGCUUAGCUGUCCUGUCUUUAGUUUAGGUUCCUGAUUUGUGUUUUAGUUAUUGCUCAAAGAAGAGCGAGGUGUUUGUUUUGUGUUUCAUUAAAAAUGGCGCAUCCGUGCUUUGAAAAUCAAUUUCUGUGCCUGGGUCAGUGUUUUUAAAGGGGCAACGAACCGCGAUUGCCUAAGACAACGGGAUCAAAAAUAAAGGUCCACCAGCCAAUAAAUUAUGAAUGUUGAACAAGAUGACAUCGCACCCGCAGCAGACAAUGAGAGGUCCUAGGUGGAACAGGGCCCUGUCCGACCCCUUGCUUGUGCUGCUGUUGGCUCUUCAGCUGCUGGUGGUGGCUGGUCUGGUGAGAGCCCAGACCUGCCCUUCGGUGUGUUCCUGUAGCAACCAGUUCAGCAAAGUGAUUUGCACCCGACGAGGACUCAGGGAAGUGCCCGACGGCAUCUCCACCAACACCCGCUAUCUGAAUCUGCAGGAGAACCAGAUCCAGAUCAUCAAAGUGGACAGCUUCAAGCACCUGCGCCACCUGGAGAUCCUGCAGCUCAGCAAGAACCACAUCCGCAACAUUGAGAUUGGGGCCUUUAAUGGGUUGGCCAGUCUCAACACCUUGGAGCUCUUUGAUAACAGACUGACCACGAUCCCCAAUGGGGCUUUCGAAUACCUCUCCAAGCUGAAGGAGCUGUGGUUGAGGAACAACCCCAUCGAGAGCAUCCCCUCCUACGCUUUUAAUCGGGUGCCCUCCUUACGGAGACUUGACUUGGGAGAGCUCAAGCGCCUCUCCUAUAUUUCCGAAGGGGCUUUUGAGGGCCUCUCGAACCUCAGGUACCUAAACCUGGGAAUGUGCAACCUUAGAGAGAUCCCCAACCUCACGCCUCUGGUCAAACUGGAUGAGCUGGAGCUUUCAGGCAACCAACUUUCCAUCAUCCGACCGGGAUCCUUCCAGGGGCUGACUCACCUGCAGAAGCUGUGGAUGAUGCAUGCCCAGAUUCAGGCCAUUGAGAGGAACUCUUUUGAUGACUUGCAGUCCUUGGUGGAGUUGAACCUAGCCCACAACAACUUGACCUUGCUCCCCCAUGACCUCUUCACGCCCCUCCACCAUCUGGAAAGGGUCCACCUGCACCACAAUCCUUGGAACUGCAACUGCGACAUCCUCUGGCUCAGCUGGUGGCUCAAGGAGAUGGUGCCUGCCAACACAAGCUGCUGUGCCCGCUGCCACUCACCCUCCAGCCUCAAGGGGCGCUAUAUUGGGGAGCUGGACCAGAAUUACUUCACUUGCUAUGCUCCUGUUAUUGUGGAGCCCCCUGCUGAUCUUAAUGUGACUGAGGGCAUGGCUGCAGAGCUUAAAUGCCGGGCAUCCACUGCCUUGACUUCAGUCAGUUGGAUCACGCCCAAUGGAACCAUAAUGACUCAUGGGGCUUACAAGGUUCGGAUCUCGGUCCUCAAUGAUGGUACAUUAAAUUUUACCAAUGUUACUGCACAGGAUACAGGAACUUAUACAUGUAUGGUGAGCAAUUCAGCUGGAAAUACCACAGCCUCCGCCACGCUUAACGUUUCUGCCACUGAGAACAGCACCUUUAGCUACUUCACAACUGUUACGGUGGAAACCAUUGAGCCCUCUCAAGAUGAGGGUAGGACCACAGAGCAAAAUACGAGUCCCACUCCCUCUAGUGGCUGGGAGGCUACCUACACCACAACCCCCCUUACCCCCCGGAGCACCAAGUCCACAGAGAAGACUUUUACCAUCCCUGUGACAGAAGGAAGCCUAAAUGGACUGGAUGAAGUGAUGAAGACCACUAAGAUUAUCAUUGGUUGCUUUGUGGCCAUCACACUUAUGGCUGCUGUCAUGCUUAUCAUCUUCUACAAAAUGCGCAAGCAGCACCACAGGCAGAACCACCAUGCCCCCACAAGGACAAUUGAGAUUAUCAAUGUGGAUGAAGAAAUCACAGGAGGUCCACCUCUGGAAAGCCACCUGACCUUGCCCCCGCUGGAGCACGAACACCUCAACCACUACAACUCCUAUAAGACUCCAUAUAACCACACAGGCAACACAAUCAAUUCCAUACACAGCUCCGCGCAUGAACCUUUGUUAAUGCGGGCGACCUCAAAAGACAAUGUACAAGAGACCCAAAUUUAAUUUCUUUCAUAAUAAAAACCUGAACAAUUCAACAAAAAAAGAAGGACAUGCAAAGGUGAGACAGUUGAUCAAUGACACCAAGGACUAGGCUAUGUCUACUGUUUCAAAAAGUGUCUUUUCAAAACAAAGAGUUUAUUUAUUAAAAAAAAAGAUCUAUUGUGAUUAAAACAAGAAAAAAUCAUGUAUUCUGCAAAAAUCCUUUUUUGUUGCACUUGAUUCUUUUUUUUUUUAUUUCACCACUGGAAAAUAGUGAUUCAUGGUUCUUGUAAACUCUGUGUAAAUCUUAUGUUUCAGCUUACUCAUUUAGGAGCAUACCUCAGGUUUAUGCAUACCUUAAGCAUUUUUCAUUAAUAUUUCUCAAAUACUAUUUUCAAGAGGUGUGAAUGCAAUAACGUUACUAUAUCAAGAGAAAGAAUAUGUGCCAAAGGGAGUGUGCUAUCAAGUAGCUGCCUUCCUAUUUUGGGGUCAUAUCCAGUUGCUUGGGGAGGGAAUGGGGAUUAUUUUGGGCAGUUAGUGAUAGGUGGUUUGAAAUGCUUUUAAUAAUUAAAGGGUUUUGUAUACUCUGAAAUUUAGCAUCAGAUCCAUCUUUCGUAAGUUUGCAUCAUAUUAAAUUAAACUUAAUGUUUACAACAUGUAAUAAACCACCACAAAACGCAGGUAUGAAUGAACCUGCAGUUUCAUUAGGUUUCCAAUAUAAAAUAGGAAAAACUUAGAACACCCCAUGGUAAACCUUCGAUUUGGAGAUUUGUGUACUGGAGUAUAACAAUGGUAUUUUAUUUGUUAUUCAACUUCUAUUUUUUGCCUGCCAAGUCUUCCGAACUCACUGUUGGGCUGUUUGUUAAAAUAAAAAUUUUACGUUGUUUCUUUUUGAUUUUAUGAGCAGCGUUACUUCUGCACAAAAUGCCAUACUGGUAGAUGCAAAUAACUUAAAUGCAUUGACCAUCAACCCCGAUUCCCAUCUCAUUCAUUUGACCAUCCUGCAAAUUCCUCUUGAAAUUGCCUGUGAACUGUGAUUCCUUCGUUCCUCUGCCUCCAUCGGUAUAUUUGAAAGGAUAUUGUGAUAAUGACACUCUCUAUCCUUUUCUCCCCAAAAUGGAGCGCCUAACAGACCACACUUUUAGGUUGUCCAGGUCUACGCUGCUCCAUGCAGAUAUUAACCAACUAUGAAGUAGACCAGAAUGAAGGCCUAAUUAGGAACAAUUAAACAACGAAACUUUCCUAAUAUGCAUGAGAAUCACAUACUUUAAACACGAAACACUACAUUCUGAGGUAAAACUAUUGGUGACACUGUUUUAGCUUGAAGGCAUUCAUUACUUAUAGUUGACUCACCUCAUCCAAGGUGAGCAAAGGGCAGACAUUAUCUAGUAGAGCAAAUUAGCGUGUUAACAGCUUGAACACUUUAAAGGAACAGGUGUUAAGCAGUUUCUUGUAACAGAAAUCAAGUAAACACGACAGGAUGCUAACUGUCUACACAAACAAAGGAAAUGUGUCUAACUGAGGUCACAGGCCCAAGUCUUUAUUUUUAGAAUAACAUCAGGGUCUUUCAAGUGCGAUUUGUGAAGAGCAUUUCACAAUGCAAUGUUCACCUUUGUGUGAAAGGAAAAUCAAAUGUUACAAAACUGCUAACAACCUUAGGCCUGCGUUGUAUUCCUCCUUAAAUACAGUCAGUUCUCAUUAAGCAUUCUCAUUAAGGGACUAGCAGAAACAUUUGUCUUGUGAGGAGUUUAUGAGAAAUAGCCAUUCAGACAAUUGUACAUUGAUAAUGUACUAUACUUUGAUAUUAAUGCACAUGCAACAUCUACUUAACUUACACUUGCAUGAAUAUGGCCAUAAAACUUUUAUGAACAAAUCUGAAUCUUUUACAUGCACAGUACUGGUACUGUAUAUUAAAUACUAGAUAGUGUUGGCAUUUGAUUUUGUAAAGGAAGCCUUGGUCACAUAUAUCUAUGGUAGACAACUAAAACAGAAAAUAGCUGUGCAAGGGGAAGGGCCAAGGUAAACUGUCAGCUUAUAUUUAGAACAGUGUGCAUUCUCAAUACUAUACUGCUCACACCCACUCCUUAAUAUAACAUGUAUUAAAAAAUGAUAUUAUCUGUCUCCACUGAGAAUAUAAUGUUACCAAACCAGUAAAAACGAAUAGUCUGUUUUAAUGAGAAUUGAGAUUUUCUUUGUUACCAGUUAAUAAUAACAGUUUACAUUUCUUUUCACAAAACAUUAUUCAAAUUGUGUUCAAAGACCUUGAUAAAGCAGCCCCCCAGGUGACAAAUAGUUUUAAAGGGUGAUGUUACAACAAUGCAAUAGGGGCAAUACUAGAUAACAGAAAGACUAGUAACAUGAUUUUAUUUAUGUAGUCUGUGGCCUAAAGCCUAGGGGUAGAUUUGAAACGGGUUGCCCCAUUUUCUACAGUGAAGUGUAAUUGCCUACAAUCGCAGGGCCAUCACAAACAGUACCUGGUACAGGUGUAACUGCCGACUGUACUGCUGCACUUCAGUUUGCUUUUAAUAUUGUUGCUGCUGUUGAAAGCAAAAUGUAUGGACAAACCACUCUGAUUAAUUACACAAAUUGUAAAAAAAAAAUUAUAAUAAAAUGUCUUUAUAUGAAAUGCAAUACUUGUGCCAAUAUGUUAUGCUUUAUACUUAAAUGCAAGGGUGCAAGCUUUUAAAAAACAUUCCACAGUAAGAAUUGCACUAACAUCUGCAUGUGAAAUCUACCCUGAUCCUUUAGGCUGCUUGGCAUUCAUUCUUUAAAACAAGUUUCAAGAUACCAGUGGGGUAAUGGUAAAAAUAAAAGUUUACCACUGUACAAUUGCAGUUUUCCCAUGCUUUUCCCCAGUUACACAAUGCAUUUUCCAGUUUACCGAGGUUUGCCAUGCUUUUUUUAAUACCGUACCUCUUUGGGCUUUACAGUGCUUCUCCAUCUAUUACCACGCUUUUACUUUGUUGUGAUCCAUGAGGUUAAAAAUAAGAAUGAUCAUCCCUUAAAGGAGAAUUAGGAUGUUAUUAGCCCUCUCCCCUGCUGAUGCCUCCUUCACAUCUGUCUUGAAUCAGCUAAUAGGUAUUGCUUCAGGAAGCAAAUGGACAUGUGGUUCUGCUCUUUUAAUACUACUCUGCUCAUUCAUACUGUUCAUUGCACCAGUGCUUCUCUCAAGGUCACUGCGCCCACAGUAGAAACCUCAGAGCCUUUGUGAGGUUUGCUUCACAGUCGCCCAACAGUGGUUCGUAAGCAUUUACAUAGAGUUUACCACGCUUCUAAACCAUUCAAACCAUGUUUCCACCGCUGUAUUUGGUUUUGCAUUGGAAAAGAGAUUGCUUCACCUUCGCAAGGGAAAUGCAAUUUCCUUUUUUGUAAAAAUUCUUAUCAAUCUUUUUUUUUUUUUAUGGUGAAUUUUAGUGAUGAGAUUUUGGUCUAUUGUGUCUUCUUCUGUAAAAGCAAAAGAACCCAAUAAGAAUGUUUUGUUUUUUUCACAGGGAAUGCUGUAUUAGCAGUAGAUUUAUAUAAAGAAAAAAAAAAGUUUUUUUUUUUUGUUUUUAUUUUAUUUUAUUUUACAUGUGCCAACCUGUUUGAAAAUAAAAACCAUGCUGUGAAAGAAAAAUACAACCUUGACUUCAUGUAAACACCCAUCCAUGACCUUUGAAAAAGAAUGAUUCCUGAAACCAGAGUUUGUAGUUCAUACACAAAAUAAGGUUAUAAAUAAAAUAUUGUUGGGUUUUUUUUGUA